GAAUAAUCUGUGGACUGUACCGCUGUAUGUCAUUUGUCACUGACAUUUCUCAAGACAGGACGCCAUUUUCAUGAAAUUGUUGUGGUUGCUUGGUUCUUGCAAAACUUUAUAACAAAAUGAACAAGAUAUUACAGUUCUAAAUAAAGAAUGGCUGCCUUAUUACUAUUGAAAUCAAUGAUAUUAAGUAAAGCAUUACAAAAAAGCAAAAAGAAAAAGAAACCGGAUAAAAAGACUAAGCAGCCCAAGCAGAAACAGAAAGUUUUUUCGUACAGAUCUGGUACUGAGUCGUGCCGAGUGUGCAGUCAGUCCACCGCAGACAUUCCAAUAUUCAACAACCACUUAGAGCCACAUCUUGCUGAUGAAAUUCUACACUUUUCUGGUGUCCUGAUUCAAGAAUCUGAUAAGUUAACAAAGUUCAUGUGUCAGAGUUGCUACGACUUGCUGCACGGGUGCAUCCUGUUCAGAGACAUGUGCCAGCGGAGUGAUAAAGCUUUCCAUGAGGCCCACGAAGAAUCUGUGAGAGUUAAAACAGAGAUACCAGACUUCCUAGACCCUCCAGACGAUCCCUUCCUGCCGCUGGACUCUACUCUCGACGGCGGCGGCGGUGACAGCUCUGGUGAGGACGCCGCGCGAGCCAGUGACGACGCCGCGCGAGGCAGUGAUGACUCGUACCAGGUGCCGUCGCCCGUGUUCAGUGACUCUGCGCUGUGGGGCUGCGCUGCUUGCUGCAAGGACUUUAACAAUUUGCCAUCCUACAACAAGCACCUGCCCAAGUGCAAGGCGCGGUUCAUCAAGCAGGACAAGGCGCCGCCCGAGCCCGGCCCCGGUGUGGGCAAGAAGCGCUUCCUGUGCGACACCUGCGGCAAGACCGCCAAGUCUAAGGCCAGCCUGCUCGUGCACAUGAGCACACACGACAACAUAUUCCCGUUCAAAUGCGACGUGUGUCCCUACCAGGGCCGCACCAUCGACCUGCUCAAAGUACACAAGCGCUCGCACCUCGUCGACAAACCAUUCAAGUGUACCCAGUGUCCCAAAGCUACUACUACGUCGAGCAACUUGGCCAAGCAUAUGCGGCAUGUGCAUAGCACGUCGAGGCCGUUUAAGAACUUGCAGUGCACGUACUGCGAGAAGAUGUUCUCGUACCAGCACGACAUGAAGCGGCACGUGCGCGACAUACACCUGCGCCAGGGCACCGUCGAGUGCGACCUCUGCUACAAGAAGUUCAACACCAAGAAGAUCCUGCAAGGCCACCGCUGGAAGGUGCACAAGAUCAAGAGCGACCGCUCCGGCCGCCUGCCCGCCUACCUACUGUGCCAAAUGGAGCAGCAGCACCCUGAUAUGGACGAACACAUGCAGUAAUGACAGGGAAGGAAUGAGAUCACAACAGAUUGUGUUGUAGGUAUCCUAACUAAUAUUAUAAAUGCGAAAGUAACUGUGUCUGUCUGUUACUCUUUCACGCAAAAACUACUAAACAGAUUUGA